GCCACAAGAAGCCGACGCUUCACGCAUGUUUUGUAAUCAUUCGCUUGCCCGUUCUGGUGCAAAUAUUGUGUUUUAAGGCGUUUUUUUACCAAAUUUAACAGUGAAAUAUGCAUUAACAGAUCGUUGAUUCUAUUCUAAACUUAACAAAAGGUAGUGAAAAUGUUUUCGAUCUGCAAACAAACCCACGAAGCCACUGCGGUAGAGUUUUCACUCACCUGCCAUUUCUUCAACAACAAUGAAAAAUCGCUGGUUACCGGUGGGGCCAACGUUUUAAAGGUGUACCGGCUGAUACCGGACGCUGAUCCGGCCACCAGAGAUAAAUACACGACUGUUCGUCCUCCUAAUAUGAAGCUGGAAUGUAUGGCUUCGUAUACGCUUUGCGGAAAUAUGAUGUCUAUGCAGUCGGUGUCCCUGGCCGGUUCACAGCGAGAUGCUCUGCUGAUUAGCUUCCAGGAUGCAAAACUGUCGGUGGUUCAGUUUGAUGCGGAUAACUUCGAACUGAAGACACUUUCACUGCACUACUUCGAAGAGGAAGACAUUAAGGGAGGUUGGACGGGGAACUAUCAUACACCGAUUGUACGCGUCGAUCCGGAUAAUCGGUGUGCCGUUAUGUUGGUCUACGGUAGGAAACUGGUGGUGUUGCCGUUUCGCAAGGACAGCUCCUUGGAUGAGAUAGAGGUUCAAGAUGUGAAACCGAUGAAGAAAGCUCCCACACAGUUGAUUGCGAAGACUCCGAUUUUGGCGUCAUACGUGAUCGAGUUGAAGGAGUCGGAGGAGCGGAUAGAUAACGUUAUUGACAUACAGUUUCUGCAUGGGUAUUAUGAACCGACGCUGUUGAUUUUGUACGAACCGGUUAAAACUUUUCCUGGUCGAAUAGCGGUUCGUUCAGACACCUGCACCAUGGUGGCACUAUCGCUCAACAUUCAACAGCGAGUGCAUCCGGUCAUUUGGACGGUCAACAGUUUGCCUUUUGAUUGUUUGCAAGCGGUGGCCAUCAGUAAACCGAUCGGGGGCUGCCUGAUAUUGAGCGUCAAUGCGCUGAUCUAUCUUAAUCAGAGCGUACCGCCCUACGGUGUCAGCCUGAAUAGUAUAGCAGAUCAUUGCACUAACUUUCCGUUGAAACCCCAGGAUGGCGUUCGCAUUAGUUUGGAUGGAGCGCAGGUGUGUUUUAUCGAGCCGGAAAAAAUGGUACUCUCACUGAAGGGUGGUGAAUUGUACGUACUAACCUUGUGUGCGGAUUCGAUGCGAAGCGUACGCAGUUUCCACUUUAGUAAAGCAGCGGCUAGUGUACUGACAUGUUGUAUUUGCGUUGUGGAAGAGGAGUACCUGUUUCUGGGUUCCCGGCUGGGUAAUUCUCUGCUGCUACGUUUUAAGGAGAAAGAUGAAAGUAUGGUUAUCACUAUUGAAGACAACGAAGUUGUCGAGCCAAAAGAGCCCAAGCGACAGCGGCUGGAAGAGGAAGAAUUGGAAGUAUACGGCACGGGACAGAAAACAUCCGUUCAAUUGACAAGCUACAUUUUCGAAGUUUGCGAUAGCAUUUUGAAUAUUGGUCCUUGUGCCCAUAUGGCCGUAGGUGAGAGGGCCUCGGAAGAGGAACAAGACGAAAAUAAGGACAUUCAGUAUGUGCCGAGCAAGUUGGAUUUGGAGAUUGUGACAAGCAGUGGACAUGGCAAAAACGGGGCACUCUGCGUUUUACAGAAUUCGAUUAGGCCGCAGGUCAUUACAAGCUUUGGACUAUCGGGCUGUCUUGAUGUGUGGACGGUUGUGAGCGAUAAAGGGGAUGAUAUGCACACUUUCAUGAUACUCUCGCAGGAAGCCGGAACCAUGAUUCUUCAGACUGGUGAGGAGAUUAAUGAGAUCGAGAAUACGGGAUUUGCAACCAACGUACCGACUAUCCACGUGGAGAAUAUCGGAGGGAAUCGAUUUAUAGUGCAGGUGACAACUAAAUCUAUUCGUUUACUGCAGGGCACCCGCUUGUUGCAAAAUAUUCCAAUCGAUUUGGGUUGCCCACUGGCGGCAGUUUCUAUAGCCGAUCCCUACGUCUGUGUGCGGUCUUCGGAAGGCCGCGUUAUAACGUUGGCGCUGCGAGAGGGCAAAGGAACUCCCCGUUUGGCUGUCAACAAGAACACAAUUAGUACGACUCCUCCGGUGGUUUCUAUUAGUGUCUACAAAGACGUUUCCGGGAUGUUUACCACUAAGUAUGAAGAUUUCUAUGAUGUGACUAAAGGCGGUUCUUCGUCGUACUCCAGUGGAUUUGGUUACAUGAAGCCUGAGCCUCAUAUGAAAAUCGAAGACGAAGAAGAUCUGCUUUACGGCGAAACUGGUCGCUCUUUCAAAAUGACAUCAAUGGCCGAUAUGGCGAUUGAAACGAAGAAAAAGAAUCCAGACUUCUGGCGAAAAUUCAUGCAACCGGUGAAACCAACUUACUGGCUGUUUGCAGUUCGUGAUAAUGGAAAUUUGGAAAUUUAUUCCAUGCCAGAUUUGAAGCUUGUCUACUUGAUAACGAACGUCGGUAAUGGAAACAAGGUGUUGUCCGAUUCGAUGGAAUUUGUUCCAUUGGUUGGUCAGGGUGGAGCGGAUCCUGAUGUGACUGCUGGUAGUUUCACUAGUCCGUUCGGAUUCAAUGCCAAUUUGUUACCGAAGGAAAUCUUGAUGGUUUCCUUGGGUCAUUACGGCACUAGACCUAUGCUUUUCAUUCGCCUGGACAAUGAUCUGCUCGUUUAUCGUGUGUACCGGUAUUCAAAGGGUCAUCUUAAGCUACGCUUUAAGCGUCUUGCUAGCGGUGUGACGGGUCCCAUCUUUCGAGUGAGUCGUCAAACCGCCCCGACAGACCAAGAAGGUGAAAAGCAAGACGAAGAAUCUACACAAAUUCUAUAUGGAAACGUAGCCAUGAUUCGUUAUUUCACAAACGUUUCCGGCUACAGUGGAGUAGCUGUGUGUGGUGAGAAACCGUAUUUUGUGUUUCUAACAUCUCGCGGAGAACUUCGUAGUCACCGUUUGUAUGGUAAAACCAUCGUUAAGGGGUUUGCUCCUUUUAACAACGUAAACUGUCCAAACGGCUUUCUGUACUUCGAUGAACAUUACGAGCUGAAAAUCGCCGUUUUUCCGGGUUACCUUUCGUACGACUCUAUUUGGCCGGUGAGGAAAAUCCCACUGCGAAGCUCGCCGAAGCAAAUUGUCUAUCACAAGGAGAACCGGGUUUACUGUGUGGUAAUGGACACCGAAGAGAUCUGCAACAAGUAUUACCGAUUCAACGGCGAAGAUAAGGAGCUGACCGAGGAGAACAAAGGCGAACGGUUUCUAUACCCGAUGGGGCACUCCUUUUCGGUGGUCCUUGUAACACCUGCGGCCUGGGAAAUCAUCCCAGAGACGGCGAUCAAUUUGGAGGAGUGGGAACACGUCACGGCACUGAAAAAUGUCAGCUUGCCGUACGAGGGGGCUCGGUCCGGUUUGAAGGAGUACAUUGCGGUAGGCACGAACUACAACUACAGCGAGGAUAUUACCUCCCGCGGUCGGUUGCUUCUAUACGACAUCAUUGAGGUCGUUCCGGAACCGGGGAAACCGCUGACAAAGUACAAAUUCAAGGAAGUGAUAGUGAAAGAGCAGAAAGGUCCCGUGUCGGCGAUCACUCAUGUUUCCGGUUUCUUGGUAGGCGCCGUGGGUCAGAAAGUAUAUCUGUGGCAGUUGAAGGAUGACGAUCUUGUCGGAGUGGCCUUCAUCGAUACGAACAUCUACGUGCACCAGAUGAUGUCGAUCAAAUCUUUAAUUCUGGUGGCGGAUGUUUAUAAAUCGGUGAACUUGCUGCGUUUCCAGGAGGAAUACCGUACGCUGUCACUGGUCUCACGUGAUUUUCAGCCGCUGAAUGUAUACCAAAUCGAGUACAUUGUCGACAACCACAAUCUGGGCUUCCUAGUGUCCGAUGAGCAGUGCAAUCUCAUCACCUACAUGUAUCAACCAGAAUCACGGGAAUCGAUCGGCGGUCAACGUUUACUGCGGAAGUGUGAUUACCAUGUAGGUCAGAAGAUUAAUACCAUGUUUCGCGUACAGUGCGAUUACCACGAAAGUGAUUCAUCGAAACGCAACCUGAACUACGAUUACAAGCACACCACAUAUUUUGCCACACUGGACGGAGGACUGGGGUUCGUUCUACCGCUGCCGGAGAAAACCUACCGUCGGCUAUUCACGUUGCAAAACGUUCUCAUGACACACAGCCCGCAUUUAUGCGGAUUGAAUCCGAAGUCGUUCAGAACAAUCAAAACCGUUCGCAAAACGAUCAACCCGGCCCGCUGCGUAGUGGACGGCGAUCUUCUGUGGACUUUCCUGACGCUGCCAGCUAACGAAAAAGUAGAGGUUGCCAAGAAAAUCGGUACGCGAAUCGAUGAAAUUUGCGCCGAUCUGAUGGAGAUAGAAGCCGUUACGCAUACUUUCUAACUCAGUUUUAUUUCCUAUUAUACUAUGUAUAAUACAAAACAACAAAAAAACAACGCUUUACAAACAGCAAACAACUGGUUUUUCGGUAAGUAACACAUCUAGUAGGUACAAGUGAUGACUUUCCUCAAGGUUUGUGAAUAUCCAUAUCGCUCAUGCACGGUUGUUCCUCAACACCGGCUUCAACAAAAUCCUGGUAUGGAAUCAAAUCUUCGUACGGCGGCACGUCCAACAUGCUGUCGCGCACUUGCUCAACGUCUCGGAAAACGCGCAGCAAAUUCAGACCCGCCAGCUUUUGCAACUCAUCUCUGGUCCAGGGCUCGAAGGUAGUGCCGUUUCGAAAAACACCGUCAGCCAGAAUGUCGAACAAAUCCGGAUACUUGGACACAUCGUCCAAACCAUCGGGGCUGCUUUCGAUU